AUGGCUCGUGUAAUGAUAAUUUUCCUCGUUCUAGUCCUCAUGACCUUCUCGCCUUAUAAUCCGUCCCUGGUCACGUCAAGAAAUCUAUUAGAGAUAAAGAGACAUCAAGUGCUGUUAACAGCGAGGGAGAAGGAGAAAAGCCACAUGACUGAGGUGGCCAAAUCCAAACUUACUGUUGGUCGGUUUCUGAUAUCGGCUCCUAGCCCCGGUGUUGGACAUGCUGGUGGUGGCCGUUGA